GGGUUCAGGCGGAGCUCGCCACCACCGCCGCUGUUGCUGCUUCUGCUAGGCCGCCGCGCGGUUUCCCGGCGUCCCGAAUCCCUCACCCCCAAACCGGAGGACAGCGCGCCCUCAGCCGCCGUCGCCUUUCGGCACUCCCAUGAUCGCCCAGUGCUUUUCGGCUGUGCGAAGCCUCCACAGAAUUGGUGGUUCCAGGAUUUUAUUCAGAAUGACUUUAGGAAAAGAAGUGAUGUCUCCUCUUCAGGCAAUGUCUUCCUAUACUGCAGCCGGCAGAAAUGUUUUAAGAUGGGAUCUUUCACCAGAGCAAAUUAAAACAAGAACUGAGGAGCUCAUUGCACAGACCAAACAGGUGUACGAUGCUAUUGCAAUGCUUGACAUUGAGGAAGUAACUUACAAGAACUGUUUGCAGGCACUGGCAGAUGUAGAAGUGAAGUAUAUAGUGGAACGAACCAUGCUAGACUUUCCCCAGCACGUCUCCUCUGACAAAGAAGUACGAGCAGCAAGUACAGAAGCAGACAAAAGACUUUCUCGUUUUGAUAUCGAGAUGAGCAUGAGAGAAGAUAUCUUUCUGAGAAUUGUUCAUUUAAAGGAAACAUGUGAUCUGGGAAAGAUAAAGCCUGAAGCCAGACGAUACCUGGAAAAAUCAGUGAAAAUGGGAAAAAGGAAUGGGCUCCAUCUUCCAGAACAAGUACAAAAUGAAAUUAAAGCAAUGAAGAAAAGAAUGAGUGAGCUAUGUAUUGACUUUAACAAAAACCUCAAUGAGGAUGAUACCUUCCUUGAAUUUUCCAAGGCUGAACUUGGUGCUCUUCCUGAUGAUUUCAUUGACAGUUUGGAAAAGACAGAUGAUGACAAGUAUAAAAUUACCUUAAAAUAUCCACACUAUUUUCCUGUCAUGAAGAAAUGUUGUAUCCCUGAAACCAGAAGGAAGAUGGAAAUGGCUUUUAAUACAAGAUGCAAAGAGGAAAACACCAUAAUCCUGCAUCAGCUACUCCCACUGCGGGCCAAAGUAGCCAAACUGCUCGGCUACAGCACACAUGCUGACUUUGUCCUUGAAAUGAAUACUGCAAAGAAUACAAGCCACGUAACAGCCUUCCUAGAUGAUUUAAGCCAGAAAUUAAAACCCUUGGGUGAAGCAGAACGAGAGUUUAUUUUGAAUUUGAAGAAAAAAGAAUGUGAAGAGAGAGGUCUUGAAUACGAUGGGAAAAUCAAUGCCUGGGAUCUAUAUUACUACAUGACUCAGACAGAAGAACUCAAGUACUCUGUAGACCAAGAGAUCCUCAAGGAAUACUUCCCAAUUGAAGUGGUCACUGAAGGCUUACUGAAUAUCUACCAGGAGCUGUUGGGACUUUCAUUUGAGCAAGUGACAGAUGCUCAUGUUUGGCAUAAAAGUGUUACACUUUACACUGUGAAGGAUAAAGCUACGGGAGAAGUAUUAGGACAGUUCUACUUGGACCUCUAUCCAAGGGAAGGAAAAUAUAACCACGCAGCCUGCUUCGGUCUCCAGCCUGGCUGCCUCCUACCUGAUGGGAGCCGCAUGAUAUCUGUGGCUGCCCUCGUGGUGAACUUCUCACAGCCACUAGCAGGUCGUCCCUCUCUCCUGAGACACGAUGAGGUGAGGACUUACUUCCAUGAAUUUGGUCACGUCAUGCAUCAGAUUUGUGCACAGACCGACUUUGCGCGAUUUAGUGGAACAAAUGUGGAAACUGACUUCGUAGAGGUGCCAUCACAAAUGCUUGAAAAUUGGGUGUGGGACGCUGAUUCCCUCCGAAGACUGUCAAAACAUUAUAAAGAUGGAAGCCCUAUUACAGAUGAUCUGCUUGAAAAACUUGUGGCUUCUAGACUGGUCAACACAGGUCUCCUGACCUUACGCCAGAUUGUUUUGAGCAAAGUUGAUCAGUCUCUCCAUACCAACACUUCGCUGGAUGCUGCAAGUGAAUAUGCCAAAUACUGCACAGAAAUUUUAGGUGUUGCAGCUACUCCAGGCACAAAUAUGCCAGCAACUUUUGGACAUUUGGCGGGGGGAUAUGAUGGCCAAUAUUACGGAUAUCUUUGGAGUGAAGUAUUUUCCAUGGACAUGUUUUACAGCUGUUUUAAAGAAGAAGGGAUAAUGAAUCCAGAGGUUGGAAUGAAAUACAGAAACCUAAUCCUGAAACCUGGGGGAUCUAUGGACGGCAUGGACAUGCUCCAGAAUUUCUUGAAACGUGAGCCAAACCAAAAAGCGUUCCUAAUGAGUAGAGGCCUGCAUGCUCCGUAAACUGGGGAUCUUUGGGAGCAGUCCAUGUCUGGAGGACAAGCUGACAUCAUCUUGUAUUACUGGCCUGGAAACUGAAGGGAGUUUUGCAAAUGAAAAUGUAGAUUUCUAUUGACUUCCUUUUGUUUUUUGAUUUGAAAAAUUAUACAGAUGUAAAUGGAAUUAUAAAUACUGUGACCUAAGAA